AUGGACAAUAUAUCCUACUUUACAGUAUUCACUCUCUCAGAACCAAAAGCAACAAAGUCAGAUAAACAUAUAUAUUUUGCUCUCUCUCUUAUUUUGUAUAUUUUGAUCAUUUUUCUCAAUCUGACUUUGAUAGUGACAAUCCUCCUGCAGAAAGCUCUCCAUGAGCCCAUGUAUAUCUUCCUGUGUAAUCUGUGUAUUAAUGGACUGUUUGGAACAGCUGGGUUCUACCCUAAAUUCCUGUCCGAUUUACUGUCUGAUACUUAUGCGAUCUCAGAUGUUGGAUGUUUUCUGCAGGUUUUUGUGAUUUAUGCCUCUGCUCUAUGUGAAUUUACAACAUUAACUGUGAUGUCUUAUGACAGGUAUGUGGCAAUAUGCAGGCCUUUGGAUUAUCACUCUGUUAUGACAAACAACACUCUCAUAAAAUUGCUCCUGUUUUCCUGGCUAUUACCUGUUUUCUCUGCAUCUGUAGCACUCUUGUUAACAAACCGGUUGUCAUUAUGUGGAUCCUACAUUGAUAAACUCUAUUGUGACAACUGGUCCAUAGUGAAGCUGUCUUGUGAACCAACUUUUAUUAAUAAUAUUUAUGGAUUCAUCAAUAUAUUCACAUACUUGUCUCUUGUAGUUUUCAUUAUUUGUUCUUACUUUAAAUUGAUUGCUGCUUGUAUAAAAUCCAUAGAGAGCAAAAACAAAUUCAUGCAUACCUGCGUACCACAUUUGCUCUCCUUAAUUAAUUUCACAGUUGCUUUACUUUUUGACACAUUGUACACUCGAUUUGAAUCAAGGGAUUUCCCACAGAGUCUACGCAAUUUCUUGGUUUUAGAAUUUCUAAUAAUCCCACCUAUAUUUAAUCCUGUUAUCUAUGGAUUAAAACUGGCAGAGGUUCGCAAAAGAGCCCUGAGUGUGUUUAUAAAAGUGAAUCACUCUAGGGUAAAAAAUAGGUAG